CGGAGGACAGAAGACCUGAGAGUUUUGCGGAUUCUCUUCUCCCUUCACAUUCUCAGGUUUCUCCCUUCUUCUCCUCGUCGCUGCUCUUCCGUUGCCUCUCAGGCGUUGAGGAGGCGGAGAAGAGGGCAGAGGAGGAAGAAGAGGAAGUUUAUCGGGGUCGGAGUUUCGGUUCCGCAUCGGGAUUGUGAGUUUGGUUAUGAUCAUGUUUUCUGUUGGGAAAGUUGAUGGAUACUGGCUGGAGCUCUUUAUUUCUUGCUUGAUCAACUUUGAGUUGCAUUAGAUGAUCUUUUUAAGAAGAUGAGUGUUUUUCUUGGGAAAUUUUCAGUUAUUGAUGGUUUUUUUUAAAUAGGGACAAAAUAACUUAUGGAGAUUUGGUUGAAAAAUGAUUGAUUAUUGAGAUAGGUUGCAUAAGCGCUCACUUUAGGUAUGAUUUGGAAAGAGUUAAAUGGGUUCAGAAGAAGUAUGGUUUGAUUGUUCUAUCCUUUUGAGUUAAGGUCGACGUACACCAACGUAUUGUUUAUUGAUGCAUUUUUCAGUGGAUUUACUUACACGACGUACUUAUGUGGCGGUUGAGUUGCAAAGCUUGGCAUUUACCAAAUUUAGAAGAGAAUAUUGGAACAUAUUUUUAUGAAAUUACAUUUCUCCGAGGAUCUCGUUUGAGUUGUAAAAUGUUAGAAUUUUUUUAUUUUUAAUUUUUUUGGUUAGUAAGAUAAGGGUGAAGCUCUUGCUUAUGAUUUAUGGCAGAGGAUAGAAAUAUCUGCUUGGGUUUGGAAGAACUGAGAAAAUUGGGAAGAACAAGGACAUAAACUAUGGUUCUGUGGGUUUUUGGCUAUGGAUCGCUGAUCUGGAAUCCCGGUUUUGAUUUUGACGAGAAGAUUUUAGGUUUUAUUAAGGACUUCAGGCGUGUCUUUGAUCUUGCAUGCAUAGAUCACAGGGGUACACCUGAACAUCCAGCAAGAACUUGCACGUUAGAGUCCGAAGUAGGAGCAGUUUGUUGGGGAAUUGCAUUUUGCGUUAGAGGUGGCAUUGAGAAAGAAAGAGCGACAAUGCAGUAUUUGGAGAGAAGGGAAUGCGAGUAUGACAAGAAAGCAUUAGUUAACUUUUACAAGGAAGGAGAAAACAAUCAGCCAUUUUUGACUGAUGUACUAGUAUUCAUUUCCACUCCAGAUGUUAUAGCCAAUAGAUAUUAUCUUGGCCCUGCUCCCUUGGAGGAAAUGGCAAGGCAAAUUGCUACUGCGAAUGGUCCUAGCGGGAACAAUAGGGACUACCUGUUUAAGUUGGAGAGGGCACUGUUUCAUAUAGGACAUGAAGAGGAUCUCGUGACUGAACUAUCAAAUGAGGUUCGGAGAGUGCUCGCAGUUUUGAAGGAUAAUACUAAGACAAUUGGCCCUCAUUUUGCCUUGAAGCCCAAGCUUUCACUCAUAAACACCGUCCCCCUGCUCCAAGGGGCGGCCGUCCUGAAUUCCAACUAAACCAAUUUACCCUUUACAAGCUUGUCUACAGAAAUAAACUAUUUUUACACCAUGAUAUCCUUACAACACAUUAAUAGUUCUUAGUAAUUGUCACUGCUUAUCUUUUCUCUAGCUUUAGAGUAUUUAUUAGAACAAGUAGAUGACAUCAUUCCAAAUUUAUGUUACACCAGGCAGUUAGUUUGUAUCAUUUGAGAAAUGGAAAGGCCAAACAAUCCUUAUUGAGCAAAAUUUGUAAUUUGUUUGUGAUUGACAUUCAUUUAGCAUGUUUUUUACAUCUAAUGAGAAUUACAAAGUUUAAGUGAUC